UGCGGCGGUGAUGUGAGCAGUUCGACAGCUGAAAUAAGCGACACGUUUUAAAUGACAAAAAGUGAGAGAUUAUUCACACUUGCAGCUAUGGAUCUAGCGGCAGAUUUGGAUCUGGGUCUAGAUUUAGACCUGCCGGACGAGGCGAUUCUGAUAAAGCUUCACGGAACGUUUAUGGUAAUCGCGUGGCUUCUAUUUGCUUCGCUUGGGGAUGCCGUUGCGAGGUACUUCAAAAAGACUUGGGUUAACGAACGCUAUUUCGGAGGAGAAGCAUGGUUUUUGUACCACCGAGUGUACAUGUUCUUCACCUGGCUGCUGACAUGCAGUGGUUUCAUCCUCAUCUUCAUCGACAUGGACGGCUGGCAGGAUAAUGCUCAUUCCGUGUUGGGAACCAUAGCGUUUGGCUUGUGCUUUCUGCAGCCAAUUUUCGGUGCCAUGAGCCCACCGGGACACCCGAGACAAGUGGCGCGUAUUCUGCACUUGAUCUCUGGCCAUGUGGCUUACUACUUGGCAGUUAUCAACAUGUUUUUGGCAGUCGGACUUAAAAAAAGCAACCUAACGGAAGAAUUUUACGGCUGGUUUGCAGGAGCUCUGGCUGUUCAUAUUUUUGCGAAUGUAGCCUAUAAUGUUUUGGCGUACAUGACACGGAAGAAGGCAGCUCAGCAAUCGGAAGAGGCAGAUCUGACAAGAGAUGAUUCGUAUUCUCGGUGGCGCAAAGUCACUCUUUUGGCGCAGAUGAUCGCCUUACUGGCUAUUACAGUUGCUAUAGUGGUGCUCAUAUGGAGAGCUUAAUUCGGUUUUACGAAUGAUAAUGAUAUGGUUUUAAAUACUUUUGCUGUGAUAAUGUAUGUUUGUUCGUGCAUUGAAAAUACGACUGGAG